GUGGUGUUUAUAGUAGGUCAGGAGGACAACAAAUCGUUCUCAUAAGAAGAGGACAUUUGAUGUCAGUGCAACGAAUAGCCAACGUUAUUAAACUGUUAUUAACACGUUUAAAUGACUACAGGGAGAGAUGUCUGAGGAAGACGUACCGGUGCCAGAGGCUCCAGUGGAGGGCGAUGUGGAGCCUGUAGACGUGACUCCCUCCAGAGACAGCCGCAAGUUGGACUGCAUUAUCUGCUACAGCGCCUACAACCUGGGCGACCGGCUGCCCCGCAAGCUGUACUGCGGGCACACCUUCUGUCAAGCGUGUCUGCGACGUCUGGACACCAUCAUCAAUGAGCAGAUGUGGAUCCCCUGCCCCCAGUGUCGGCAGAACACCCCUUUGCCUCGCGGGGGCGCCGGUGGCCUUGACCUGGACCUGGCCGCCUUCCUGGGCGUGAAGGCCGAGGCGGACAGCGUGAGGGGCGGGGCCCGGCAAGGCGGCCCUGGGGGCCUCGGAGGUCACCUGGAGCACAAGAUCUCCUUCAACAAGCAGCCGUCGCCACCCAUCGUGGAGCAGCCCCCCUCGGCCUGGGUGCAGGGGGCCCUGGCCGAGCCGCGCUUCCAGAGGAGCCCCUGCUGCCGCCACUGCGCGCUCUGCUGCUGGUGCUUCUGAAGACAGAGGAGGAACACACAGCUCAGC